AUGGCAGCCCUCUUUAUCAGCAACUCAUUUGUGCUCACAUGCUGCCUUGUAAUUUUAACCUCUAUGCUCUUCUCCUCAUAUGCUGAGCUUCUACGAUUUCAACACCCUCCAAAAUCUCCUCAUGGGUCUCUUAGCUUUUUGGUCCUUGGUGAUUGGGGUAGACGAGGUGCUUUCAACCAGUCUCUUGUUGCUCUUCAGAUGGGAAGGAUUGGAGAGAAGCUGGACAUAGAUUUUGUAGUAUCAACAGGGGAUAAUUUCUAUGAAAAUGGAUUGAAAAGUGAACAAGACCAUGCAUUUCAAGAAUCUUUUACUAAAAUCUACACUGCUAAAAGCCUCCAGAAGCAGUGGUACAGCGUUCUGGGUAACCAUGAUUAUAGAGGCAAUGCAGAAGCACAAUUGAGUCCUCACCUUAGAAACCUUGAUAGCAGAUGGCUUUGUUUAAGAUCUUUCAUUGUAGAUGCUGAAUUGGCUGAAAUAUUCUUUGUGGACACCACUCCUUUUGUCGAUGUCUACUUCAGUGAUGGAGAGGGCCAUAGUUACGACUGGAAGGGCAUCCCCUCUCGCAAGUCUUACAUUGCAAAUCUAAUAAAGGAUCUAGAAUUGGCAUUGAGGGAAUCAUAUGCCAAAUGGAAGAUCGUUAUUGGUCAUCAUGCAAUCAGAAGCAUUGGACAUCAUGGGGACACCCAAGAACUCGUAGAUAAGCUUCUUCCAGUACUCAUGGCCAACAAUGUUGAUUUUUACAUGAAUGGACAUGACCAUUGCCUUGAACAUAUCAGUGACACAAAGAGUCCAAUACAAUUUCUGACAAGUGGAGCGGGGUCUAAAGCUUGGAGGGGAGACCUUAAAGAAUUGAACAGAGAAGGUCUAAAAUUUUUCUACGAUGGCCAAGGUUUUAUGUCAGUGCAGUUGACUCAAACUGAAGCAGAGAUUGCAUUCUAUGAUGUUUUUGGUAAUAUUUUGCAUAGAUGGACCACAACCAAGUUGCUUUACCAAUCGCUAUAAGAAUUUAGAGCUAGAAGACAUUGUAACCCAAUUUGUGUUAAUGGGGGAUUAGAUAUUAGACAAAAUACAAGACAUCAUUUUCUCAUACAUUUUUAAAGCAUGAUUACCCCCCCAAAAAAAAUUGUAGAUUUUAUUAGGAAAAGUAGUUUGAAGGUUGUAUUUUAUUUUGUAGAAUUAGGGUAUUUAUUAUAAUUAUUAUCAUUAAUUAAGGAAUGUUAAUCUUUUAUAA